CCCUCUUUUAUUAAAGUUGUCACUGCUUGCAGGAAUUUGACUUGAGCUUUGUGGCAGUAGUUAAUGAUACAGUAGGAACCAUGAUGACUUGUGGUUAUGAGGACCCUCAGUGUGAGGUGGGACUCAUUGUUGGCACAGGGACAAAUACCUGCUACAUGGAGGAGAUGCGGAAUAUAGAAAUGGUUGCUGAUGAUGACGGACGCAUGUGUGUCAACUUGGAAUGGGGAGCAUUUGGUGAAAAUGGCGAACUGGAUGAUUUCCUCACAACCUUCGAUCGUAGUGUUGAUGCCUCCUCAAGCAAUCCUGGAAAACAGAGGUAUGAGAAGAUGAUCAGUGGCAUGUACCUUGGAGAGAUUGUGAGACAUGUGCUAAUGGAGUUCACUGCAAGGGGUUUACUGUUUCGAGGGAAAGUGUCGGAGCGGCUCAAGACCUGGGGCAUCUUUGAGACUAAAUUCCUGUCACAAAUUGAAAGGUAAGGAUUAUUCAGAGUCAGAUCAUCUUUCUUCAGUUGAUACAUCAUUA